AUGACAAAUCCAUCUUCUUCGGUAGCAGCGACUUCAGAAUUGGCCGCCAUCACUCUUUCGUCAAAAAUACCGGAUUUCUGGACCGACCAGCCCAGGGUAUGGUUUAUACGGACGGAAGCAAUGCUGGCACCACAGAAGUUAUCAGACGACGCAAGAUACGACUUGGUAGUGUCCAAACUCAACAAGGAAGCCAUACAGCAGGUAACUGACCUAUUAAUAGAACCACCGCCAACGAAGAAAUUUGACACCCUUAAAGCUCGCUUACUUAAAAUAUAUGAAGAAUCUAAAAACCGUCAGUUACAAAAGCUAAUUAGCGAGAUGGAACUUGGGGAGCAAAAACCAUCCCAACUUCUUCGACGGAUGAGGGAGCUAGCAAAGGAUAGCAUCCCGGAUGACACACUCCGUAUCCUAUGGCAAGGGCACCUGCCUAGUUCCGUACGGGCAGUGCUUGCAGUCUCCGAGAUAAAAGAGCUGGAACACCUAUCGUCAAUCGCCGAUAACGUAUAUGAGACUACGCGCACCACACACAACGUAAGCGAGAUUACACAACCACCAACCACCGACACGGAUAGGAUUUUGGCAGAAAUAGCCAAACUAACCGUGAAAGUGAAUGAGCUCGAAAGAUCAAGAUCAAGAUCGAGACCACGUCGCUGGAAUUACGAUCGUUCGCGUUCAGCAUCUCGGACACGCGAUCCUUCAGAACCGCGACGCACCCCGGACUCACCAGGUUGGCUCUGUUUCUAUCACAACCGGUUCCGCGGCAAAGCUCGGAAAUGCACGGAACCCUGCGCGUGGAAAAAUCAGUCGGAAAACUAA